CAAGGGCUGGGCCGGACGCCUUGGGGGGAGGCCGGCCUGGGGCUUGAGCCAGUUUGACCCUCAGGAGCUGCCAUGGGGUUCUGGGCUGGACCUCAGGGGCUCUAGGGGCCCAGAUUUGGGGUUCCGGCCUCCCCUCGGCCUGCUGUGGGGGGGGCCAUGGAGUCCAACCUGCAGGGCCCCUUCCUGCUGAACAACGCGCCGCUGGCCCAGUUCUCGGAGAUGAAGGCGCCUGUGUGCCAGUACUCUGUGCAGAACCCCUUCUACAAGCUCAGCCCCCCGGGCUUGGGUCCCCAGCUGCCAGCCGGGACCCCCCACGGCAUCACGGACAUCCUCAGCAGGCCCGUGGCCGCGCCCAACAGCAGCCUCCUGCCCGGCUACCCCCACGUGGCCGGCUUCGGUGGCCUCGGCUCCCAGGGGGUCUACUACGGCCCCCAGGUGGGGAGCUUCUCCAAGGCGGGGAGUGAGUACCCCACCCGGACCCGGAACUGCUGGGCGGACACGGGCCAGGACUGGCGAGGCGGGCGGCAGUGCGGCAGCACCCCGGACCCCCUGAGCGACAGCAUGCAUAAGAAAAAGCACACCCGGCCCACCUUCACUGGCCACCAGAUCUUCGCCCUGGAGAAGACUUUCGAGCAGACCAAGUACCUGGCUGGCCCCGAGAGGGCGCGGCUGGCGUACUCGCUGGGGAUGACCGAGUCGCAGGUCAAGGUGUGGUUCCAGAACCGGAGGACCAAGUGGCGGAAGAAGAGCGCCCUGGAGCCCUCGUCGUCCACGCCCCGGGCGCCGGGCGGCGCGGGCGCGGGCGCGGGCGGGGAGCGCGCGGCCUCCGAGACCGAGGACGACGAGUACAACAAACCCCUGGACCCGGACUCGGACGACGAGAAGAUCCGCCUGCUGCUGCGCAAGCACCGCGCCGCCUUCUCGGUGCUCGGCCUGGGGGCGCACGGCGGCGUCUGACCUCGCCCGCCCGCCGCCUCUGGGGUCCCCGCGGUCCCCGCGCGGGCUAACGGGGGCUGCAGGGGAGGAGGAGGAGGGAGGAGGGGUCGGGGAGGGGAGG